AUGGCGGGCUCCAUCACUUCAGCUACCGCGGCAACACAGCCUGAGCCGUCUUUACAAAAACACCUGGAGGAGAUAGAAGGCGACCUUCCUAUGGACGGCGCCGUUAUCUUAUUGUUCCCGCCCGGCUCCGUCGUUCUCUCGGCAGAGUCAUAUGGCUCAUCCGCCUGGACGCAGACAGGCUGCGUAACGGUUGAAUUACCCAACGGCGACUUGAAGAAGUACUUCAUGAAGCUAGCACUCAGGGACCAUGGCAAGAACAUGCUUCAUGGUGAGUUCGCAGCGAGUUCUACCAUCGACUCUUUUUGUCCAGGAAUGGUCCCGAAACCCCUUGGCUGGGGCAAGUUCAACGUCGGCUUCCCUGAGACCUACUUUUUUAUUGGAGACUUCAAGGACAUACAGCUGGGCCUGCCAGAUCCGUUGAAGCUUGCGAGGCGAGUGGUUCAGCUCCACAGCAACACGUCGCCGAAUGGCAUGUUCGGCUUUGAUGUGACAACAUUUAACGGCAAGGUGAACCACGUUACGGAUUGGGAAACAAGCUGGAGAAAGUUCUUCACUCGCCUGCUUUCAAACACCCUCCGAGUCGAUGCGGAAAACAACGGUCGUUGGCCAGAGCUGGCCGCCGUCGCUGAGCAGGUGCUGUCUGCUGUUUGCCCGAGGCUCCUUGAUGUUCUGCAGGAGGGGCCUGACCCCAUAAUUCCGAGGCUAAUCCACGCAAACAUUUGGGCGGGAAACACCGGCACUGAUGAGGAGACUGGGGAUGUCAUCUUCUACGAUUGUGGGUCUUACUAUGCCCACAAUGAGAUGGAGCUGGGCAUGUGGCGCCGUGACGCUGCACACUACCUGGGUCAGCGAUAUCUUCACGAGUACCAGCAACUCUUCCCACCUGCGGCGCCGAAGGCCGAGUUUGACGACCGGAACAGGUUGUACUGUCUGCAUUAUCUCAUCAAUUACUCUGCGGGUCAUCCAGAGGCCCUAAGCAGGCACACUGCGUUGAAUGACAUGGCAUAUCUCUGUGAGAAAUACGCUCCAUUGGAUGGACUACCAAGAUAUGAUCCGCAGAAGGAUCCAUCUGUUCGCAGGUAG